AUGUGGGCAAACGACCCAACGCUACCAGGGCAGCUGGGGCCCCCAGGGGCUCAGUUCGAGUAUGCAGAGUUUCAUUGCGGUGACCCAUUUGUUCAGCAUGGACCGGACCUUCUACAAAAUGGUGUUCAGGAGCUUGCCAUGCCCCGAGCACACACACUGAUGGCAGCUCUCGGUGCAUGCGAGGAUGAGAAGCGCUGUGCAGCUGUGGCUGUGCAUCCCGACGGAUCAGCAUUUCGCAUGCUGGACAAGUUUGCGUGCAGUCUCGUCCCCGAGGCGACAAGCACACAGUUUGAUGUAGGGGACGAGGUCCAACUGUCGCUGAUUGUGCAGAGCACGCCUCUGGAUGGCAAGGCUGAUGUUACGGACACGAGCAAGACUCAAAUCGGAGUCGUUCUUGAGAGCUGGAGCCUGGAAUCACCUGAGUCACACGUACUUGUCCAGUUUCAGCAUGGUCCCGUGCGGAUACUGCCCGAGCACCUACAACACAAGCGGUUGUCGUGGACGGUAGUAAGGAAAAUCCGUGCACGCCAAGUUGCUUGCAACGAUUUGCAAGCCGAGACAAGCUGUGACGUGCACAGCAUCAGUGAUGCCGAAGUUCUUCAACGGGGCUCCUCGCUCACUGCCGCAGACUGUCAGCAAAUGUGUUCCUCCCGUAUGCAGAAUUCCACGCUGCUUAACGGAUGCUGCAUUCUUACCUCGGAGCUUUGUGCCCUGACAAGGGGCGAGCAUUUCAAGGGCAGCACCGACAGUCCCGAUCAGCUUGAAGAGUCAGCUGCAUCUUGCAGGCAACUUCCUUGCUCGUUGGACCCAUCUUGCUCGUUUGGAGCUGGUGACUUUGGUGUGCACUCGGACGCAAAAGCUGAGGAUGAAGGUGCAGAAACCACGGUGUACUUCGAUUUCGCACAUCCAUUAAGCAUGCCUUUCUAUUUUGACGUGGAGAACUUGCAGAUCUUUCACUUCACUUCGCAGGACAAGAGCGCCAGAAAAGCAAGGCGUGCAGGCAGACUGGUUCAUCCGAUUGGAUCUACUACCGUCAUCCCCUCGAAUGCAAGCCGUGUCAAUUUGGGCUUGGAGGUGAACCGCAUGACUGACUUUCAGGUCGCACAUCACCAGCUGCAGCUUGUGUGUGAUGCUUUCGGACAGAAGCUGGGUCGGAAGUUGACACCUCCGAACCUGCAAGAGGCUGCUGGAUCCGGUGAGUGCGAUGAACCUCACGAGGCCUUUGAGAGCUGCUUGAUCAGAGUCGGCUGUGGAAUGUUGGGAGAUCAUCAACCCUUUGCACCGCCAUGGUUUGCUCAGCUCCCGUUUGACAUUCUGGCUUGGCAGGCUCCAGCUGCCUUCUGCUGCGGUAGACCGUACACUAUCGAUCAGCGGGAGGACUCGUGGAUGAAGACCUUGCUGGAUUCGGCUGGUAUCCAAGCAGUCUCCAUUUCAAAAGUUGAAGAUUCCAAGGCACAUCAAGGCAUGCAAGCUUCUUUGGAGACAGGCUCCGCAGCCCUCAAGAAAUUGCUGUCCAGUCAUAUCGCCGAUGAAGAGAUGUUGAACUGGCUCGGCCAGUUGGUGCGGACUGCCUUGCACGAGUUCAAGAAGAUCCUUACCGAUUUAAAAGAGACCAUAGACUCGGAAGGCCCGGAAUUGGAGAUCUCGUCGGAUGGCACCUCCUUCUUCCAGGUGCAGGAGUUUGGUGAUCAGCAGACACCGUCUGGCCGGAGGGGAACGGAGGUAGCCCGAUGGUGUUCAGAGAGAGGUGCCUUCCUGCAGAUUGACCCGAAGUCAAACAGUACUGGACUGCAAAAGACAUGGAACCUUGUUGCAGCAAUUCCAGGCGCGAUCUUCAACUAUGGUUUGCGCCCGCUCUGGAACUUUUUGGCAAGACCAUUGCUUAAGUGGGGGCUGUCUUUGAUGAAGUGGGUCCUCGAACAUCCGAGAGCCGCACUAUUUAUUUCGAAGUUUGCAUUGGCCGUGCGCAAUCGCAUGUGUGAGAAGGCUUCGUGGUAUGUCUACGGAAAGCCGACGGAGUCCUCUGUCGGAGCUUUCACCAAAAUGUCCAGUGCUUUCAGCGAGUUCAGGAACUACACAGCGCAGAUGUUUACGCCGGCUACGAUGCUGACAAUGCUACAGGAUGUAGUUGGCUCGUCCACGUUCGUGAACACAGUGGCGGACAUAGGAAAGGCCAGCUAUGCGCUGAUACUGGCAUGGACCGGCUUUGCGUCUGGUGGGGCCGCAAUGGCCUUACUGUCCAGUUUCUCAGCACUGCUUGCCGAGGCGUCCGUGGAGGCAGGAAGGCGGGCACUGGAAUUGGUAGUAUACCAGGAAAUUGCCAAGGAGAUCCCAUCGAACCUCUUCGAUAUGCUUGCAAACAAGUGCCUGCACAAGCGCGAGAAGACGAGAGUGACAUGGACAGCUUCCAAAGACGAGAUUUUGGCGACUGGUACAAAAGCUGUGGAAGAAGUAACGAAGAGCUUUGUGGAAGCAGGGCAGGGACUUGCCAAUGAAGUUUCACGCUGGACCUCAUUCUUGAAACGUUCCGGUUGA